CACAGGGAGAGGUGUUUGCUUGGGGCUUUAUUGUGCGCCACAUUUUAUGACCUCUAAUGUCAUUUCCUCACAUGGCACAUCGCAUUGUGGCAGAAGUAUUAAACUUGAAUUGGAUUAUGGGGCUGUACCUUCCAAAACCACACUCGGAUUAUGAGACAAGCCGUAGCGGCGGACUCCGGAUUAAUUUUGACAACGUGAUGUUCUUUAACGUGUACCAAAAUCUAUGUGCACGUGCGUUAUUAUUUCGCCCCCGUCGAAAAAAUUUCGCCUUAAUAAGGCUUUUGCCUUAAAAGUCGUCUCGCAUAUUAUGCCUCACCCGAUGGGCAACUCCUUCACGUGUUUUCUUUUUCUGUCUUUUUUUUUUUAACAAGUAGUAACCGUAACGUUUGUUUCUGCCGCUCUGUUUAUUUCUCUAUGUGGAUGACGUGGUCCAGCGACGCAGCCUGCGUGAAGCCCAGCAGUAGUUGUAUGGCCAAUUGGCUUUAGUGACGAAUCAUAACUAUCAGAAUAGUCAGCAAAUUAGGCAUUUAGUGCUUCUGCAGAGUGUGAGAAGCUGCUCGUACAGCUUCACUGUCUUCAGAUUAGCGCACAUCUGCCAAUGAAUUUCGGUUACGCAUACGUUCCCUGACUGUUCUUUCGCCCAGCUUACGAAACGUGCAACGGUGCACCCAAAACGCGCUCGCUUCGCGCGCUACUCCGAGGUUCAGUUUCGAAUUGUCGGCCAAUCGAUUGCGGCGGAGCUCGCACACCACUCCGAGCCAAGUCAUUCCGAAGCGCUUGGUGGUGCGUCGAGCGACAGACAGCAGCGGCGCGUCUCGGAGCGCGCUCGGCGUUCUCGCCUGACGUCGGGACCAUCGAGUCGCGCGUUGCAGCUCGCGCAGGUUGAGACGGCACACCGCCAGCCAAGGAGCUCGCUCACAAUCGACGAGCCGCCGCUGCGACAGCAAACGAACGAGAGCUGUGGCCGUCGCCGGUCUGCCUGUGAACUUCGGCGUUCACGGACUCCUUGCGCGGGUCUAUCGUGCCGCGGCAGUAGCGGGCAGCCGGCGCCGUCGGCCGUGUGCCGUCGCAGGCCUGGGUAACCUCCUGACGAGCGUCCGCUGGCAGAGCGACGACGGCCGUCGUAGCGGCGACGACGAGGCCAUGUCGUCGUCGUCGACCAAGCCGAAGCGCUACUUUGUCAACACGCUGCCCGACUACGACGGAGCACCGAUCCCGCUCGAGCGGGAACUGUGGGUCGAGCGCUGCCGCGACACGGUGCAGCGCGUAUUCACGCACCAGGGCACGGGGUUCGAUGACUGCGACGGCGGCCUAUACGUCGGAGUCGCCGGCGUCGCCUUCAUGGCGCACCGCGUGGCGCAGAGCCCGCACUUUGCGGGCGACCGCGCGCGCCUGCUGACCAAAGCGCAGACCUACCUGGGCCACGCACUCAGCUACUGCGACCAGCCACAGGUGCGCGCAGACCGCGCCAUGCAGUCGGCUUUCCUGCUGGGCAGCGCCGGCGUCUGGGCGCUCGCCGCCGUGGUCGCCAACGAAGUGGGACGCAACGACGACUGCGACAACUUCUUGGCGAGGUAUGCAGCCGUAGCUGACAUCUGCGUGCCAGUCAAGUUCCUGGACUGUGGCAGCGACGAGAUGUUCGUCGGACGAGCUGGUUACCUGACGGGACUGCUCUACCUACGCUCCAGACUCGGACGAGAGGAACCAUCAGCAGGAAAACACCGCUCCAGAACACUGGUGGAGGCCACCACCGAAAGCUUAACAAGACAACCUUACGGGAACAGCCGCCAGAGCCCUUCCCCAACAGCCUCCAACGGAACAGCAGGCACCAAAAAUAAGAGAACAACGGUUCGAAGCCUGCCAACAGAGAACAGUGAAAGCCUGAAAAGUCUGAAGGUGCUGCCUGAUGAGAAGAUUGCGCUGCUGCUCCAUUCCGUGGUGCAGUCCGGCAGGGAGUACGCCAAGAAACACCGCAGCCCUUGCCCGCUCAUGUAUGCCUACUACGACGUGGAGUAUUUGGGUGCAGCACAUGGCCUGUCAUCGAUACUGAUGACGCUGCUGCACUUUCCAUGGUUUGUUGCGGGUGACCAGACGGUGGAGCGCGACAUCCGAGCCUCGGUCGACUUCCUGCUGCACGUGCAGACACCACGCGGCAACUUUCCGUGCGACUUAGAGGACGUCACUAAGCCGCGUCGUUCCCAGGACGAACUCAUACACUGGUGCCACGGUGCCCCAGGUGUGAUGCAACUAAUGGCCAAGGCAUACCUGACGUGGCAAGACCCACGCUACCUGGAGUCGUGCCUGCGUUCGGGCCAGAUGAUCUGGGAGCGCGGCCUCCUACGCAAGGGCCCAGGCAUCUGCCACGGCAUUGGCGGCAGUGGCUAUGCCUUCCUGCUGCUCUACCGACUCACAACCGAGCUGCGCUGGCUUCACCGGGCGCGCCAGUUUGCCGAGUUUAUGUUCACUGACGAGUUCAAGCAGGCGCGCACGCCAGACUGCCCUUACAGCCUCUUCGAAGGGCUCGCCGGAACAGCAUGCUUCCUGGCCGAUCUGCUGGAACCACGCAGCGCCACUUUUCCACUGAUCGACCCGUUCUAAGGAGCACUUGGCCGAUGUAUUUUGCAAGGCCAUGCCGAGGGUGUAUCCACACCGUCGUCUGAUGGUUGAUUAGUGGGUGCAGAAGGGCAGCAUAGGGUAAGGGAAGUCAGAAUGGGGAUUGCCAACAAGCACAGGGUGAUAGGAAGGCACUGAGAAGCAAGCACGGGACGCAAGAAAAAGGGGGCAGCCCGACAACUAAAGCGAACUGAGCAAUUGGGUUAGUCAGCAAAUAUGACUGCCGUAGCAACAUGAAGGAUCAACCAGGACACGUAAGGGAAAGAAUCAUAAGUGUAGCUUAGCAUUCUUUUGAAAGGUAGAAGAAAGAAUGUAAUGCACAAGAAAAGAAACAGGAUACACGGGAGUCCGACUAACGUGUUAUGUCUCUUUCACUUGGUUAGAGGAAUCUUAGGCACGCCAUACACAAACUUUCUCAACAUAUGUUUUUUGAGAUUAGUGUAGUGUCGCUAUUGACUCGACGUAGCUCUAAGCCGGCAGUGUUGGCUGUUUUGGAGUAAACAACGCACUUUCGUUGUAAUCACUGCACUCUGACGGGCUACAACAGUGUGUGCAGAGCCCUGCCUUCUCGUUUGCUUAUAGAAAUUGACUUUAAUCAUAGCUGUGCUAGAUUUGAAGGGAGCCAAAUGCUGGUCUUCACAUUUUGUCUAUCUACUCAUUUGAAAUGAGAUGCUAAUAAGUAGGGCCACUUUGUUGAUUAUCCAGAUAGUAUUGCUGCUCACCAAAAUGGCAGUGAUAACGUUUUAUUGCUGGUAGUUCUCCUUAACUGUAGUACUUUCGCGUUGCCUUCAUGUGACACUUUUAGAAUUGUUACAGCAAACCAUGCAGUUCUGCGAGGUUGUCGAGCGUGCUAGGAGAAUGCACAGAUUAUAGGAAACUGCACCUUACGCGCUAUUGCAAUCAUGUUGAGAACGGAAAAAAAAAAAAAAGAAUGAAAAGCAAUUUUUUGCAGCACUUAGUGUGGUUUGUUAAACUUUCAGCUCAUUUUCAAUUGCAACUCCUGACUUUUUGUUCCUAAUAAGCACAACUCGAAUAACUUGAAUAGUUGGCUCUAUUUCAGCAACAUGAAGCCACAGAGUUUGUCUUCAAAUGUAAGCAUAUGAGAGUGAGUCGUGAAGUUGUCACUCCAAGUAAAACAAUCCCUAUAAACACAGGGUGUUACGCAUUUAGCAGAAUAUAUCCUCAUUUGAUGCCCCAAGUGCAUUGUUCUUGAAAGUAAUGGACAUCUUGCAUAAGCACAGUUGUUUUAUGGGCCACUCUAUUCUACAACGGAGAACAAGAACUUAUUGCAUACUCAGUUUCUUUAAAUAGAUGUUAGUUGGCACAGUUAGUGCUUUGUAUUGGUUGCAGUUGAUAUAGUGUACUGAUUUAUUACUGAUUACCAACAUAGUGGGCGUAUUUCAGCUUUUUAACAAAGCAUUGAAACGUCAUCCCUCUCACUGUUUGCACUGAACUAAGCCUUCCUUUUUCAUGUCGUUUUCAAUUCUUUUGCAGAAUAUGUGGCAUGUGCAAGCGCUAGUUCCAACUAAUCUUUAAUACAUUGGACUAUGUAAUGUAUAGUUAUUUAUAGAUAGUGACGUUAUAAGGAAGCCAAACGAAAACUGUCACUAAAUGCAAAAAACAGAUGGCAACCCCUUGCUAACAAAAAUAGAAGUGCCAACAUACUGAACAAACAGUGCAGACAGGAAGACUACACAAAGAUGACAACACAGACGCUGGCUAUCAACUGGUGGUUUUUAUUUUAGGAACAGCCACCAGUUCAGAGUCCAUGCCCGCGUUUUUGUCUUCCUGUGGUCCUGUUGUCUGCACUGUUCGUUUAUUAUGCUGACAUUCAACAAACUAGUCCAGCUUAUCACUCUUGUACGAUAAAAGCAAAGCCAUGUGUUGCUGUGUACUGUAUUUUGACCUCUCAUAAUUAUUUCUAAACAAAGCUUGAAGAUAGUGUUUGUAUGUGCUUUUUUUUUAACUGUUUCUUGUGGUUUUGUUACACACUCGCAGUUAAAGAAAAAACAGACAAGCUGGUCCAUUCUUGUACGCUGCAAAUCACAAAGUGUAUAAAGCAAUGACACGCCUUUCUGUAGUGCA